UGAGACUAGUAACCAACUUUUAAACAAAAAGGGGUUGUACGUUUCUUCUCCAUUAUAAGUCAUCCCUCGAAAGAAUUCCCAAGAACUACACUCCGGAGUGGGCUUGGGAAGGCCACCAGCUAGCUUUGCAUGAGAUCCUUCCCUUGAGGCAUUUUGAGCAGCUCUUCAAUAUUGAAUUGAACUUUGCAACAAAUUACAGAAAGUUUAAAAAAACUAAGUCUUUAAUUUGUUUAUUUGUUCUAGUUUUUUCCACUUCUUUUUGUUUAUUUCUAAAGAGCUGCAAUAUUCAAAAUGCCAAAAGAGGAUGAUGAUGGAAGGAGCAAGAGAAUUGCCAUUAUCAGUUUGUGUUCCAUACUGCUGGUGUCCAUGGUUGUCGCCGUGACUGUUGGUGUUAACCUAAAUCGUCUCGAUUCCAGCGAUCCUAAAAAUGGCAACAAGUUUCAUGAAGUAUCCGACACAAUGAAAGCUAUCGAAUCCAUUUGCCAACCCACUGAUUACAAACAAGAUUGCAUCAAGACCCUUAACACUGAGGCAGGACAAACCACAGAUCCUAAAGAACUCAUUCAGGCUGCAUUUAAGGUGGCAAUGAAACAUAUCAGCGAGGGUGCCAAGAAAUCCAUUGUCUUGCAUGAGCUAGAGAAGGACCCUAGAGCCAAGCAAGCCCUUAAUAAUUGCAAAGAGCUCUUGGACUCCGCCAUUGCUGAGCUUAAGCACGCUUUUGCAGAAGUGGGAGAGUUUGAUCUCUCCAAAGUAGAAAAGGUGCUUAUUGAUUUGAAGAUUUGGCUCAGCGCUGUCAUUACAUACCAAGAAACUUGCUUGGAUGGCUUUCAGAACACGACCAGCCACGCUGGGCAGAAAAUGAAGGAGGCUUUGAAGAGUGCCAUGAGGCUGAGCAGUAAUGGCCUUGCCAUUAUCUCUGAUAUAUCUAGUGUGCUCACAGGGUUAGAGAUACCAGGCCUGUCCGGACACCGCCGUCUUCUUCAAGACCUCCCUAACGUUCUUGGUCAUGGCGAUUCCGUCCCCCAGGAGUGGAUCAACAAUCUCGGAGUUCGGAGACUUCUCGAGGCACAUCCAGCCAACAACAUUAGGCACGACCUUGUUGUGGCUAAGGAUGGAAGUGGAGAUUUCAAGACCAUCAAUGAGGCAUUGUUUCACAUCCCCAAGAAUGGAAACAAGACCUUCGUUCUCUACAUCAAGGAAGGAGUUUAUCACGAGUACGUCCAGAUCAACAAGUCUAUGACCCAUUUGAUGAUGCUUGGUGAUGGAGCUCAAAAGACAAGGAUUACAGGAAACAAGAACUUCAUCGAUGGCACGCCCACCUUUAAAACCUCAACAGUUUCUGUUUCCGGGGAUAAUUUCAUUGCCAUGAAUAUUGGGUUCGAGAACACUGCCGGCCCUGAGAAACAUCAGGCUGUGGCAUUAAGAGUCCAAGCCGAUAUGUCCAUCUUCUACAACUGCUCCAUGGAUGGAUACCAAGACACGCUUUACGCACACACCAAGCGCCAAUUCUACCGUGACUGCACCGUCUCUGGCACAAUUGACUUCGUCUUCGGCGAUGCUGCUGCAGUCCUCCAAAAUUGUACCUUUGUUGUCCGCAAGCCAUUGGAAAACCAGCAAUGCAUUGUGACAGCACAAGGAAGGAAAGAGAGGCGCCAGCCAACAGCACUGAUCCUCCAAGACUGCACCUUCGUCGCAGAUCCCGCAUUCUACCCUGUGAGAUUCGAUCGCGGGGCAUAUCUCGGGCGGCCAUGGAAGGAAUACUCGAGGACCAUUAUCAUGGAAUCCUACAUUGACGACUUGAUCCAACCUCAAGGUUGGCUGCCUUGGAUGGGUGAUUUCGCCCUCAGGACAUGCUUCUAUGCUGAAUUCAACAACCGAGGCCCCGGUUCAAAAUUGAAAGAUCGUGUAAAAUGGCGAGGAAUCAAGAACAUCACGCGCGCGCAUGCACUGGACUUUUCCCCGGGAAGGUUUGUCUGGGGCGAUAUGUGGAUUAAGCCCAUCGGAUUGCCUUACACCUCUGGCUUCACCACCACAGAGACACAAAUCAUAGGAAAACCUUGAAAUAUUUGUUCUGAUUUCUAGAUUGCUUUUUCUACUUCUUCUUUUUUGAUCCCCUUCUGCAUGCAUGUCCAGUUUCAAAGCCGUCCCACAUUGGAUUGUGACUA